AUGCGCGGACCUCUACGUAAGCCAAGCGGGGAGUCGGGUUCAAAGGAGGAAAUAUGGCGGAAAACAAAGGAGGAGGAGGAGGAGGCGGCGGUGGCGGUGGCGGCGGGGAGGGGGCCGCGGAGGCCGCGCCGUCCGGAGGGGGCCCAGAGCUCGCCGCCGCGGCAGCGGCUGCUGUUGUCACCUCCGCGGCGACAGUGGCGUCCCCGCCCCCUCCGGCCCCCGCCCCUCCCGACGAGAGGGAGAGCCCUGCCGCCGUGGUCCUGGCUGCGGACAAGGGCCCCGGGGAGGCGGAGGCCGCGGCGCCGGUGGUGGUGAGCGGCGGCGGCUCGGGCUCCGUGCCGGCGCCUCUGGGCCCCAGCCCCGCGCCCCCUGCUCUGUCCAGCGCCGCGCCGGGCCCGCUGUCGCUCCUGGACACCUGCGCAGUGUGCGCGCAGAGCCUGCAGAGCCGGGAGGCCGAGCCCAAGCUGCUGCCGUGCCUGCACUCCUUUUGCCGCCGCUGCUUGCCGGAGCCGGAACGCCAGCUGAACGUGCCCGUGCCCGGCGGCGCCAACGGGGACAUUCAGCAGGUUGGUGUAAUCAGGUGUCCGAUCUGUCGCCAGGAAUGCAGACAAAUAGAUUUGGUAGAUAAUUACUUUGUGAAAGACACGUCUGAAGUGCCAAGCAGCUCUGAUGAGAAAUCUGAACAGGUGUGCACCAGCUGUGAAGAUAAUUCCAGCGCUGUUGGUUUCUGUGUAGAAUGUGGAGAAUGGCUAUGCAAAACAUGCAUAGAAGCCCAUCAGCGAGUAAAAUUUACUAAGGAUCACAUGAUCAGAAAGAAGGAAGACGUUUCUUCAGAGGCUGUUGGAGCAUCCGGUCAACGUCCUGUGUUUUGUCCUGUCCACAAACAAGAGCAGUUAAAACUUUUUUGUGAAACCUGCGACAGAUUGACAUGCAGAGACUGUCAGUUAUUGGAACACAAAGAACAUAGGUAUCAGUUUUUGGAAGAAGCAUUUCAGAAUCAAAAAGGUGCUAUUGAAAAUCUGUUACUCAAACUCCUCGAGAAGAAGAAUUAUGUUAACUUUGCAGCUACUCAGGUGCAAAAUAGGAUAAAAGAAGUAAACGAAACUAACAAACGAGUAGAACAGGAAAUCAAAGUCGCUAUUUUUACCCUCAUUAAUGAAAUCAAUAAAAAGGGAAAAUCUCUCUUACAGCAGUUAGAGAGUGUGACAAAAGAGAGACAGAUGAAGCUAAUACAACAGCAGAAUGACAUCAGCGGCCUCUCACGGCAGGUGAAACAUGUAAUGAACUUUACCAAUUGGGCUAUUGCAAGUGGCAGUAGCACUGCACUGCUUUACAGCAAGCGACUGAUCACGUUCCAGCUGCGACAUAUUUUAAAAGCACGAUGUGAUCCCGUCCCAGCUGCUAAUGGAGCAAUACGCUUCCAUUGUGAUCCCACAUUCUGGGCAAAGAAUGUAGUCAACUUAGCAGCAAAUUUAAAAUUAGCAAAAACAUGGAAAUCAGAAGAUUCCUUCAGUGACGCAAUGGAGAAACAAGGUAAUCUUGUUAUUGAAAAUAAACCAACCCAAGGUUACACUCCUAAUGUAGUAGUGGGACAAGUUCCCCCAGGAACCAACCACAUCAACAAACCUCCAGGGCAAAUUAAUCUUGCACAACUUCGGCUCCAGCAUAUGCAGCAGCAGGUGUACGCACAAAAACACCAGCAGUUACAACAGAUGAGGAUGGGGCAGCCGGCAGGGCAGCUCCCCCGCCAGGCAGGCCCACAGAUGCUACAGCAACAGCCUCCUAGAUUGAUAAGUAUGCAGACCAUGCAGCGGGGCAUGAACUGCGGUGCUUUCCAAGCCCACCAGAUGAGAAUGGCUCAGAAUGCUGCCCGUCUCCCAGGGAUACCACGGCACAACGGGCCCCAGUACUCCAUGAUGCAGCCCCACUUACAGAGACAAGUAUAUGCUCAUUCAAACCCAGGACAUGCUGGCCCUUUUCCAGUUGUUUCGGUGCACAAUAAUACUAUCAAUCCAACGAGCCCUACAACAGCCACCAUGGCCAAUGCUAACCGUGGCCCAACAAGCCCCUCCGUAGCAGCAAUAGAGCUUAUUCCUUCUGUAACAAACCCGGAAAACCUUCCUUCCCUGCCAGACAUCCCUCCCAUUCAGCUGGAAGAUGCUGGUUCCAGUAAUUUAGAUACUUUACUAAGCAGAUAUAUCGCAGGUAGCCACCUGCCUCCCCAGCCCUUAAGCAGCAUGAAUCCCUCCCCUGGACCUUCAGCUCUAUCUCCAGGCUCAUCAGGUUUGUCGAAUUCUCACAUCCCUGUAAGGCCACCCAGUACCUCCAGUACAGGCAGUAGAGGCAGCUGUGGUUCAUCAGGCAGAACAGUUGAGAAGAAUAAUAUUAGUUUCAAGACUGACCAUGUGAAAGUUAAGCAAGAGCCUGGCACAGAAGAAGAGGUAUGCGGUUUCUCAGGACCGGUAAAGCAAGAAAAAUCAGAGGAUGGAAGAAGGAGUGCCUGCAUGCUCAGCAGUCCUGAGAGCAGCUUGACGCCACCUCUUUCUACCAACUUGCAUCUUGAAAGUGAAUUAGAAGCACUGGGAAGUAUGGAAAACCAUGUUAAGACUGAACCAGCAGACCUAAGCGAAAGCUGCAAGCAGUCGGGGCACAGCCUUGUCAAUGGCAAGUCUCCCGUUCGCAGCCUCAUGCACCGAUCAGCUAGGACUGGAGCAGAAGGCAACAACAAAGAUGACGAUCCCAACGAGGACUGGUGUGCUGUGUGCCAAAAUGGAGGAGACCUGCUAUGUUGUGAAAAGUGCCCCAAAGUUUUCCACCUCACAUGUCACGUACCCACUCUCCUCAGCUUUCCAAGUGGAGAGUGGAUAUGUACGUUUUGCCGAGAUCUAAUGAAACCUGAAGUAGAGUAUGAUUGUGACAAUUUGCAGCACACUAAGAAGGGGAAAACUGCACAAGGUUUGAGUCCUGUGGACCAAAGGAAAUGUGAACGCCUCCUCCUUUACCUGUAUUGUCAUGAGCUGAGCAUUGAAUUCCAGGAGCCCGUCCCAGCCUCGAUACCAAACUACUAUAAAAUAAUAAAGAAACCAAUGGAUUUAUCUACAGUAAAAAAGAAACUGCAAAAGAAACAUUCCCAGCACUACCAGACACCUGAAGAUUUUGUGGCAGAUGUGCGGCUGAUCUUCAAGAACUGUGAAAGGUUUAAUGAAAUGAUGAAAGUUGUUCAAGUUUAUGCAGAAACACAAGAGAUUAAUUUGAAGGCUGAUUCAGAAGUAGCACAGGCAGGGAAGGCAGUUGCAUUGUACUUUGAAGAUAAACUUACAGAGAUCUACCCAGACAGGACCUUCCAGCCAUUACCUGAAUUUGAGCAAGAAGAGGAUGAUGCUGAAAUUACAGAUGACUCCGAUGAAGAUUUUAUACAGCCUCGUAGAAAACGUCUAAAAUCAGAUGAGAGACCGGUGCAUAUAAAGUAACCUGAUUAAAAAAGACCUAAACUAUUGUAAAAAGCAAAAACAAACAUAUUUAAGUGUUCCUGGGAUAUUAUCACGCCUUCAGGGGCCAUCUUGAUGAAGCUGAUAGUGUUCAGACAGUAUUAGAUUACAAAAAAUUUGUGCAGAAACAUUCUUGUCAAAAAGGGGGGGAAGCUUUUAACUUUUUUUUUUUUAGUGUUUGGAUUUUCUUUUCCCUUUCCGCA